CAAGAAUGUUGUCCAGAGUGUUAGGAGAUGUCGGCUUUCUUUAGCUUGAUACAAAAACACAUGGAUUCGUUAAUUUCUGUUUUUACCCAAGCCAGAUUACAUCGAGCUUCCGAUUCAUUUGUACUGUUGUUCAUCAACGGAGGGGCAGUGAAUUAGGCAAAGGUAAUAUCUUGUACUUAGGUAGCUAUGAUAGCUAGCGAGCUACCACUUGCUAAAAUUAGCAGAUUUAGAUUUGAGCUAACUUUGUCUGUGAUCAGAAUAUGAAAGUUUGAUUCAACCUAAGAUAACGCGCAUUGGUUUGAUCGAUAAGUGAAUUAAGCUUAGAAUGCUGAAUUAAAAGCAAUACGGCACUCUGCAGCAAUUCCUGCAGUAGCGUUAGCUAGCUUGCUUAACGUUAUCUGUCAGUUACGUUACGUUACUAGAUCAAUAACGUUAACUUAGCUAUUAUAGCAAGCCAACUUAGCUAGUAAAGCAUACAGGUAGGUUGCUAGCUUGCUAGUAGUAUUAGAGGCUAGCUUGGCUCUCCGGAUAAUCCUCUUCAAAAGCCAGUAAGCACAAGAGAGAACAGCUGCAGGCAGCGAGGCAGCGAGACUCCGAGCGUUGCUUGUCCGGCAGGAUGGCCGGAGAGGCGGGCGAGCUCCCGGAGUUGGACCUGGAGAAGUAUGAUGCGGAUGAGUGUGUGAAGAUCAUCUGUCUGGGGGACAGCGCGGUGGGGAAGUCCAAGUUGAUGGAGAGAUUCCUGAUGGAUGGCUAUCGACCUCAACAGCUGUCCACAUAUGCGCUGACUUUGUACAAGUACACUACCACAGUCAACGGGAAAACCAUCCUUGUAGACUUCUGGGACACUGCAGGGCAGGAACGGUUCCAGAGCAUGCACCCAUCCUACUACCACAAGGCCCACGCGUGCAUCAUGGUGUUUGAUGUCCAGAGGAAGAUCACCUACAGGAACAUGGCCAACUGGUACAAGGAGCUGAGGGACUACAGGCCAGAGAUUCCCUGCCUGGUGGUGGCCAACAAGAUAGACGCGGACUUGAAGGUGACCCAGAGAAGUUUUAACUUUGCUAAGAAGCAGGGCCUGCCCUUCUACUUCGUUUCAGCAGCAGAUGGGACUAACGUGGUCAAGGCGUUUAAAGAUGCCAUCCACAGAGCGGUGAACUACAAGCAGAACUCCAGUGACUUCAUGGACGAGGUCAUGAGAGAACUGGAGAACUUUGAGCUGGAACAGAGGGAGGGCAACUCGGAGAGAGACGAGGAGGAGGAGGAGGAGGAGGAGGAAGAGCCCAAAGAGAAGCCAGGCUCAGCGUGAUCUCUGGACAUCCACGCCCACCGGCAGCUCACAAACACACACGCACGCACGCACACACACACACACACACACACACACACACACACACACACACACACACACACACACACACACACACACACACACACACACACACACACACACACACACACACACACACAUGGUAACCUCUCUGGAGGCCAAAGGCUGUAGGUGAUUAUUGGGUGGUUAUGAGGGGAAUGGGAGUGGAUUGGCCAUUUCAUGUGUUGUGAUGCUGCAGUUGAGCCUGGUUUCAAACACCUCCACUCAUGUUCUACACGCAUGGUGAUGCGCUGUCAGUCCAUCGGAGGGAAGAGUUAGAUUGUGUGUGUGUGUGUGUGUGUGUACGAGACCAUACUGCAACAAUGUGUAGAAUGUGAAAUGAGUGUGAAUGGAUGUUUGAUUAUACUGCAAUAAUGUUUCUGAAUGUGUUUGUGUGUUUGUGUGUUUGUGUGUGUGUGUGUGUGUGUGUGUGUGUGUGUGUGUGUGUGUGUGUGUGUGUGUGUAAGAGAGAGAGAUAUUAUGUUCUUUGCGAUUGCAAAGACCUGACAACACCGUUUUAGUCACAUCUCACACUCACAGAUGCACACAGAAUGGUUUCAGGAUAGCUAUGAAUGACUACCACAGCCAUUGAAUCAUUGCCUCUCUGUGUCGUGUGUGUGUGCGCGCACGCGUGAGUCGUGUGAGUGUGUGUGCCUGAGAAUAAGCUGUGGUAGGAUGGCUGCUACUUGUCUACUUUCCUGCAGUGCUUGAGAGCCAGGCUGGCUCAGGUCUGGUGAUGGAGUGUGAAAUCGAGUUCUGAAACAAACACACACACACACACACACACACACACACACACACACACACACACACACACACACGCAAACACACACGCAAACACACAUACGCACACAAUAGUGACCAGCUCGCAUCUGUCAUCGCUGGGGCAACGUGAUGCUUCAUGGACCCGUUGUCAUAGAAACGUCCAGCGUAGCCCUGGAGGACCUGAGCACUGGUGGCAAGGGACUCACAUUGCACAAGCUGUGAAAGGAAGGAACUUCAGAUCCAAACACAUUCUAAGGCUUUGGUUGUAUGUGUGUUUUUUUUUUUUCUUUUUGUGUGGUGCACAAGUGCUUUAUACUUUGUUUUAUUGUGGUGUACUGUAUACUUGAUUUGAAACUGCUAUCAUCCAGAACUGUGCUUCAAACAUACAUUUUUACUGAGCAUAUUUAAACUGAUUACUGAAUAUGUGUAUUUAAUAA